AUGAGUUUUCCAGAAGUUCUGGACCACAUUGGUGGCAUGGGACGCUUUCAAGUCAUGCAUGUGGCAUUCCUGGCCAUCCCACUCUUGAUGCUGGCCAGCCAUAACCUCCUGCAGAACUUCACUGCUGGGAUCCCAGAGCAUCACUGUCAAGUGCGCAUCAGGGCCAACUACAUCCAUCAUGCCAAUCUCACAGCCAGCCUACCUGCUGAAGAUCUGCUCUGGGUCUCCAUUCCCAUGGACAGGAGCCAGAAGCCGGAGAAGUGCCAGUGGUUUGUCACCACCCAGUGGCUGCUCCUAAACCCAAAUGCCACAAGCACCAACACCAUAGAGCUGGAUAUUGAGCCGUGUGUAGAUGGGUGGACCUAUGAUAAGCGCCUGUUCACCGACACCAUUAUAACUGAGUGGGACCUGGUGUGUGACUCCCGGCAGCUGAAGCAGAUGGCUCAGUCCAUCUACAUGGCUGGGGUCCUGGCGGGAGGCAUCAUCUUUGGAAGUCUGUCAGACAGGUUUGGCCGCAGGUCUCCCUUGAUCUGGUGCUACUUGCAGAUGGCUGUCACGGGCACCAGCACUGCCUUCUCGCUCAGCUUCACUGCCUACUGCAUCUUCCGUUUUCUGACCGGAAUGGCCUUCUCGGGCAUUGUGAUGAACAGUGUCUCUCUGUCUGUGGAAUGGACACCCACCCGCACACGGGCCAUUGUGGGCACCAUGUUUGGAUACUGCAUCACAAUCGGGCAGUUCAUUCUGGCUGCGCUGGCUUACGCCAUCCCCAAUUGGCGCUGGCUGCAGCUUGUGGUGUCUUUGCCCUAUUUCAUCAGCUUCAUCUACUCCUGGUGGUUCGCUGAGUCCGCCCGCUGGCUGGUAAUAGCCGGCAGACCUGAUGAGGCAGUGAAGCAGCUCCAGAGAGUGGCCAGGAUAAACCGGAAGAAGGAAGAAGUAAGACUAGAUCUCAGAGAGGUCUUGAGAUCCAACAUGCAGAAAGAAAUAGCCUCUGCAAAGAGCAGCUAUACCUUCAUCGACCUGGUGCGGACCCCUGUCGUACGCCGGAUCUCCUUCUGCCUCUGCUUUGUAUGGUUCUCCACCAGCUUUGCCUAUUAUGGGUUGGCCAUGGACCUGCAGAAUUUUGGUGUCAAUAUCUUCUUGAUCCAGCUGGUCUUUGGAUCUGUCGAUUUCCCAGCGAAGUUCAUCUCAGUCCUCACAAUGAGCUUCGUCGGGCGCCGGUUCACACAGGCCUUGACCCUCAUCCUGGCUGGACUCUCUAUCCUAGCCAACAUCUUUGUCCCACAAGAUCUGAAGACCCUGCGCACCGUUCUGGCUGUCGUUGGAAAAGGCUGUCUUGCAGCCUCCUUUAACUGUGUCGUCCUCUACACGAGUGAGCUGUGCCCCACAGUGAUUAGGCAGACCGGCUUGGGUUUGAGCAACACCAUGGCGCGCCUGGGCAGUAUCAUUGCCCCAUUGGUGAAGAUGUUGGAAGAAUACAUUUCCUUCCUGCCACUGAUCAUUUAUGGUGCUGCCCCAAUCAUCUCUGGCAUUGCAGCGACCUUCCUGCCCGAGACACUCAAUGUGCUAUUGCCUGAUACCAUAGAGGAGGUGGAGACACGACCCAGGCAUGUGAGAGAUGAAGAACAACAAAUGAAGAUCCUUCUGAAACCCACCAUGCCAGACCCAGCCAAGGGAGCCAGUUAA